AUGGACUAUCUUGCAACCAAUAACUUUGAUUAAUGCUUUAAACUGCUUAAAAAUUCUGAGAAGAUACUAAUAAACGAGCAGCAUAGUAUGACUAAAGAAAAAGAAAAACCGAAUGUAGCACUAUUUUAUUUGAAAAGCUCUCUUGAGCUUGAAGAAGCAGAUCCAACUACUGAAAAAUUAAACUUAGCUGGUACUCACUUGAACCUUUGCGCAAUCUACUCUAAACUAGUGAAGCAUCCAGAGUCAAUAAAACAUGCUAAGUUUGCCAUCAAAAUAUUGGAAGAGUUGAUUUAGCUAAGAGAAAGUCAUAAAGCAGCAGCUGCAUUGUUACUUUAACAACAAUAACAAUAAUAAUUAACCUAAUAACAAAAUUAAACUUAAGAAGAACAAAAAAGAGUCUAAUUUGAUGAGUAAAAUCUAAACCAAACGAACUAAUAAAAAACUAAAGAAUAAAAGGAGGAAGAACUUAAAUAGAAGUAGGAAGAAAAUAAUUUAUAUUUGACAGAGGCUAUUGCCUAUUAUAAUCUUGGUGCUUCUUAUGAACAUAUUCUUAAGGUUGAAUAGGCCGUUAAAUCCUACCAAAUAGCUUAGUAGAUAUAUAAAAUUCAUUUAGGUGAUAACCACCCUCUUAGCAUAACUAUUGAGGAAAGCUUGAGAAAAGCUUAAGAAAAGAAGAAAUUUUCUGAGACUUCUCAUAUUAUUAGAUAAUUUAUGAGAAAAGAAAAAGCAACUACGAAUAUCUUUAAAAACAGUAACGUUGCAGUCAUGUUUAAAAGAAUAAAAAAGCAAAGUUAAAUGACACUUUUUAGUCAAGAAAAUGAUGCUUAGAAUUUCUAAUCGAUAGACACUAAGGCCAAAUUAUUUAAUAAUAAAAGAGUAAACACUUCCUAGUAGAACAGACCUGUUAAAAUCUUAAAUAGGACUCAAGCUAAUACAAUGAAUAACUCCCUUGCAGAUAUCAAUUCCGUCCUUAACUAAGAGACCAUAUUUAGUGAUAAUAUUGAUGACUAACUUAAAAGCAACAACAUUAUGGCAAUCAGUAGUCUAAAUAAUACUAUAUAGGUUUAGAGCCCACUGUAGUUUAAAUUAAAAGGGCCUUAACAUCACAGAUUAAGAUCAUUAGAUGGAGUAUAAGAUGCAAGACAUUACGAAACAAACACUGUAAAUAAUAGUGUCAUAAAAAAGCACAGGAAUAAUACCAGCUUUGACUAUGACUACAAUACUAUAGGGGUUAGAGUAAAGAAACCCUCUACUGCUAACUAAGCAAUUAGAAGCAGAUCCUAUAAGAAUAACAACAUAUCACAAAAUGUUAGGACUCAUCAGAGAAUGAGCAGUUAAACAGGAUAUCCUUACGAAAAUGAAAGAUCUGAAAUACUUCAAUCUUAAAAUGGUCAGAGACCUUAGCUCAUUCAGCCUCUCAGCAUGUAUUCAAAUUAUAGAUAGCCAAGACUACUUAUGGAUCUUGAAAAUUUCAGAUUUAAUUAGUUUUCUCCAUAGAGAGUUGAUGGAUUGCCAGAGGAUAAGAGCUUAUCUAGACUUAACAAGAGAUUGAAGACUUUGGAAGUUCAAGUGUCUAAUCAGUUAAAUUAGUGA